AUGACUGCAUUCGUAGGUCGUAUUGAGCAAUAUAGUAGCGGUGAAAAUUUUGAUUGUUACAUUGAGCGUAUUGAACACCUUUUAAAGCUCAAUAAACUCGUGCUUGAUGGCGAAAAGAUCUCAUUUCUAAUAAGUGUCGGUGGUGCUGAGUUACACAAAACUUUGAAAACACUUGUAUCGCCUCAGAAAAUUGAAGAACUUACUUAUACUAAAGUGGUCGAUACUUUGACUCGUCAUUUCACAAAGAAAAUCAAUACGACAGCAGAGCGGUUUAAAUUCUUAAAUAGAACUCAAAACGUGGAGGAAUCUAUUGGAGACUUCAUUAUUGCUAUAAAAGAACUGGCGAUAACAUGUAAAUAUGGAAGCAAUGUUAACGACGCAUUAAAAGAUCGGCUGUUGAUGGGGAUUCGCUGCAAAAAGACGCAAUCAAAGCUAAUAGAUCAAGAUAACCUAACUUUUGAAAGCGCGUGUGAUACAGCUCUGAAAAUGGAAAUGCUACAGCAGGAACUUCAAAACAUGUGCCCGUCAAGUUCGGAAGUCAACGCUAUCAAGAAAUUCAGCAACGAUGGAAAUCGAAAUUUACUAUUUUACACUUUAUACAAUACUAACUUUUUAAUUGUAGUCGAUGCGUUUAGUCAGUGGAUUGAUGUAAAGGAUAUGAAAAUAACUAGCGCAGGGGCUUUAAUCCUUGAAUUGCGAAGAAUAUUUUCAUACUUCGGAUUACCAAACACGAUCGUAUCUGAUAACGGCCCACCAUUCAAUUCGGCAGAAUUUACAGAUUUUUGUACAUCGAAUUCCAUUAAAUGCCUUAAAAGUCCGCCGUAUCACCCCCAGUCUAACGGCGCUGCUGAGCGUGCAGUUCAAACAGUCAAAAAUGGGUUACGAAAGUCGUUGGAUGAUAAUAAAAUUAAAACCCUACCAUUAACCUUGCUACUGUCUAGAUUUUUGUUGAACUACCGUUCAACUCCCACGACAAGGAAUAGACUUUCUCCAAAUGAAAUGAUUUUUAGACUUAAACCUAAAACAUUAAUAGAUGACAUAAAUCCAAGCAUACGAGGGAACGGUGAGAUAAGUAGAGAAAACGGAACGGUUUUGGCUAUGGAUGUUAAAGAAACAAAACAGAAACCAUUUUUUGAAAAGGGGGAUAAAGUGUUGUACAAACUUAAAACUAAUUUGAAGUAUAAAUGGAUACCCGGUAUUGUAAGAGAGAAAAUGGGUAACGUAAUGUAUAGUAUAGUUGCAGAAGGCGUUUAUAGGAACGCACAUGUUUCACAACUUCGAAAACGAAAAAGUAAGGAAAAAGUUGAUUUGAUAGAUGAGGUUGAUAUUUUCAUACGACCUGAACAGGAUAAGGAAGACGAACAUCAAGUAACGAAUAAACGUAAACGGGAUCCUGAUGAAUUCAUUGUUAGACGCUCAGAGCGACUAAAGCGUAGAGUAUGUGAAAACUAA